CUUCCGUUAAGUGUUAGUGGUUGUCACUUACACAGCUAUAAAUGAAAUGUCUUGCCCAUAAGCUACUUCAGCGGAAGAAGAAGUGUUGCAUAAGAAGCUUCUAAGACACCCAAAGAUCUGUGUGGCAUUUCUUCACAGCUGUGCAUUUCUUGUCUGAAGGGUACAACUUAGUUCUUGAAGAAUGUUGUCAGAAGGGUAUCUCUGUGGAAUUCCUUAUCACGACCUCUUGAAUUUCAAACUGUGUAACAAGCAAGAAGAAGAGUCACUGCAUGAGCUGAGGUCUUUGAAUGGUGUUGUUUAUGAAUCAACAGAGGAAAUGCAUGGCAGAAAUCCCUUUUGGAGAUGUAGGUCUGUUGGCAAGUUAAUCUACUCUGUUUGUUCCAAGGAAAACAGAAACACUAGAAGACAAAAGGAUACAUUGUCUUCUCAAAACCCAUCACUCAAAAGGCAAACAUCCAUAGCUAUGGACAUCUGUGUGGGUUCUGCUACAAGCAGAGAGACUUACUUGAUUCCUUCUUCUUGUAAAAGCAUGUUCAAGAAUUAUAAUGAUCUUCAUAUUGCUGGUGACCAGGUGAUGCCUAUAAGCUCAAUGAAAAGAGAUUUUACUUAUGACAGUAGGCUAAGUCCAUUCCUGGAAUCAUCAGAGAUCCCACCAGCAAUGGAAUCCAUAUCAGUGCCACCUGCAGAAAUACUGUGCAAGACAGUCCAGAGGUAUUCAUCAUGCUGGCGAUCGGCCAGCAUUGUGCAACACCAGCAGCCCCUGUCUAAUUCUAUACUGAACAACUACUUGGAGGAGAAGGUGGUGGAGUUGUACAAGCAAUAUAUCAUGGAUGGUUUGGGCAACAGCUCAUCCCCCACUCAGAUUUUGGCAUCAGAGUUCAUCAUGACCAACGUAGAUCAAAUCAGCAUGAAGCUUUCACAAGAGAAGAAAAUGAACGCAACUAAAGCCAAAGAUAUGGUCAUUAGCUGCCUAUUGAGACUAGCCAGUGGAAGAGCCUCUGUUGAAAUGAGCACUCCCAGCCUUCACAUUUCCCAAUUUAGCACUGUGACUAAAUAAAGCUAUCCGCAACUAUAGUUCUUGUUGGGGGAAGAAUGAAAAAAAAAGGCAAAAUGUGGCACCUUAAAGAUCAACGGAUAUUAUUUCAUGUAAACUUGUAUGCUUUCUUAAACACAACAUGUUGGUCUCAUACACCUUUUAUAAAUCUCUUUAAACAAUGGGUGAAAUCCUGUUGCUCAGUUUAGUAAGUUGCAUGAGAGUAGGCCCACUGAAUCAGUGAGGAUGUGGUGAAUCAACUCUUCUGUAAGUUCCGUUGAUCCAAAUGGACCCACUCCAGUUAUAACUUACUGUAGCAUAAUAAAUCGCAACUAGAUUAGGUCCCCUUGAAUCAAUGGACCUUACAAAAGAGUUGACUCACCAAAUCUCCACUGAUUCUAUGGGCUUAUUCUAGUGGAGCUUACUAAAUUAAGUAAUAUCAAAAGUACAUUUAGUAGAUGUGAGGGAAAACUAUGAGAUAUGAUCAGUAUAUGUUCUGAAAUAUUUCAAAUUAUCAAUUAUAUCACAAGUGAAUGCCUGCAAAACUGAAUUGCUUGGAAACCAUAUAGCAAGGAUGGGGACAAUUCAGCCCUUCAGAAAUUUUGGAUUACAAUUGCUGCAGUCCUUUGCCCAUGGCCAUUCUAGGUGCAGCUGAGGGCAGCUGUAGACCAAAAAUAUUAGAAGAGCCAAAGGUUCCUCACCCUUGCUGUACAGAGACCUUCCAUGCUCCUUCAAAUGUAAUUCAUUCUUCUUUUCUUUCAGCAAUUGAUUCAGUGAGUCUACUGCAGCUGGAACUAGCAACUGGAUACUGGCUAAUUGUAACAAACAAACAAACAAACAAACAAACAAACAAACAAACAAACAAACAAACAAA